GUCUGACAGCGAUACAAUAUUUCGUCAAUUUCAAAAUGGCUGACAACACCGUACGAUCAGAAGAUGUGUUGGGACAAAAAUGGGAUCGUUGCCUUACAGACACCGGUUUGAAACUUGUGACUGGUGCUGGUAUUGGACUUAUAUUUUCACUACUAUUCUUUAAACGUCGCCCCUGGCCCAUCACACUUGGCGGAGGUAUUGGUCUAGGAAUGGGGUACUCAAACUGCCAGAAUGACUUCCAGACGCCAUAUAUCCUGCAUGGAACUUUAAAAAAGGAAUCAGAAGCAGAGACCACAGAUGGAAGUUAGCUUCUGAGAGCGGAGCAUACUUUGUGACAUUAUAUGUAAUUUGUUACUAGACUAAAGAUAUCAUGGAAUAUUAAAAGCAAACAACAAAAAGGAUUAGUUCAGGAUAAGGCAUCUACAUGUGGGACCUCUGUGUGUUUCCCAUGGAAACUUUGUGAAGAUUUGCUUAGAAAUGUUGUAAAGAUCAAUGAGAUGUUGAAAUGAAGUAGAAGAAAACAAUCACAGGUUGUUGUUUGUAUGAUGUAUUAUAUACAUUUAUUUAUCUGAUUCAUAAAAGUGUGUGUUAAUUUUGUU